ACGGUCGCAUACCACACGUCCACACGCAGACGCACGCACCGCAGCCAAGCGACGUCGCGGCAGCGCGCUCGCCGUGCAGGUCUUCCUCUCCGGCCUCCUCUUAAGCUAGUCUCCCAGCUCGACUCUGCGGCGCGCCAUGGCCUUGUUGCACGAGCACCUCGACAUCAUCCGCGCCCACCUCCUCGACGACUCCCACGACGCCGCCGCCGCCGCCAGCUCCGAGGACUACUCAGCGUCCUCGCCCCCGCCCUCGCCGCCGGCUGCCGGGCGGAGGCCGCUUCCGGCGCUCUCCGUCGCGCUGCCCCCGAGGACCGCGGCUGUCGCCCUGCAGCAGCAGCAGCUUUGGGCGCCGCCGCCGCCGCCGCAGAUUAUUCACCACCACCAGCAGGAGCAGCACUGCUUCCCGGGACCUGAGGAGGACGACUUCCGGCGGUACCGCGGCGUGCGGCAGCGGCCGUGGGGCAAGUACGCGGCGGAGAUCCGGGACCCGGCGCGGAAGGGCGCGCGCGUGUGGCUCGGCACCUACGACACCGCCGUGGAGGCCGCGCGCGCCUACGACCGCGCCGCGUUCCUUCUGCGCGGCUCGAAGGCCAUCCUCAACUUCCCCAACGAGGUCGCCUUCGGCACCGCCGCCCGGUGGGGACCCCCUGCCGCCGCUCCCCGUCCCAGCGCUGCCACCGCCGGUAGUAACAAGAGGGCGAGGUCACCGGAGCCAGCGCUGCGAGAACAGGACGCCGGGUGCAUGGUCAGGGAGGUGAAGAAAGAGCGGGUUCAGGAGCCCGCCGCGAGCUGUGGUUGGGAUGGCGCCGUGGUCAUGGCGCCGGCGGCGGCGAGCGAAGGCGCGGCGGACUUCUUCUGGGAGGAGGAGGAGUUGCUGAAGGGGACGAUCUGCAGCCUGCCGCCGCUGUCGCCGUACCCGCAGCUGGUCCAUGCGUCCAUCUGUGCCUAAAGCAUGGUGAAGGGUGCACGGUCUCCUAAUUAACUGAAGAAUUAGUGAUUUCUUCAAAAAAAAGCUGAAGAAUUAGUGUUAAUCUACUACUUUAAAGAGUUCUUUGAUAUUUUACCAGGAGUAUGACUCCACCAAAUAUUCUUUCGUUCGUUAUUUAUUCAUUCAGGUAUCUUAAUCCAAACGAUAAGUAAAACGUUCUUCGCUGAGCUGCAAAUGAAA